GCGCGCGCUGUUCAAAACACAGAGAAGAAACGCGGGUCGAAAUAUCAGCGCCGACAGAUAAAACAACAUUUAUAACAACGUCUGCUUCUAUUUUAAUAUCUACUCUUUUAUGCAGCACGACGGAAACAGGCUCGAUUCAUCAAAAUGAUGCCAACAACAACCAGGAAGAGAAAGCUCUCCACUCUGGACACAGACAUUCGUCCAGCCAAGAAGGGUUUGAGUGAUGAGGUGAAGAGGAGGUCUCCCAGGAAACCCCCCAGGUCCCCCAUCAAGAAGAAGCCCAAUGGAAACCUGGAUAAAGAGAACAGUUCUUCACAGCAGAGAUCCCCACGAAGACCAGCUGGCUCACCCGCCAAGUCACCGUGUAAAGCCUCUCCCUUCAAACGUGCCCUGGGCUCGAGCUCCUUCUAUGGCAAACAGAAGUCCAUCUAUCUGACUCCACUGGAGAGGAAGAGGAUCAAGGAGUCCCUGCCUUCUCCUCCUCUUCCUCCUCCUCCUUCCCUCCAAACCAAAAAGCCUGACAAGAAAAAGAAAAAUGUAAAAGGAGUCGGGUUGAGAAAGAGUGCAGCAGGAUCAAAAAAUGGUGUGAAAACAAAAGGAAAAGGCAACACAUCAGCAUUGACCAAGACGACCACAGCUGGCAACAGCGGCGUCGCUGUCAAACCUGCAGCACCAACCACAGCAGCCGCUCCUUCCAAGUCCACCGAGUCGAAGAAGGCCAUCACCAUCACGUUCAGCAGCCUUAAGCCCAAGCCUAAGAUCUUUGUGGGAGCUGCUUUCUUCGGCACAGGGAAGAAACCGACAUCUAUGUACAAGAAAUCUGCCCCAAAGUCCUCCACCAGGCCAGCGUCGGCUCCUGGAAAAAACAAAGCAGCUCAACCGAAACCACCGACGACAUUGAUGAACAAACCUCAGGAGAUCACUUCCCACCCGGACCUGACAAAAGAGAACCAGAACACCAAACAGCACACAAACUUUGACCUGCUGGACCUGAUAGACUCCUUUGAACAGCCUGAAACUCCACGUCCACCUAAGUCUCAGACAAUGUUGGAGAAAUAUUGCUGUAACAAAGAGCUGGCGAUUGUAUUGACGAGAACCCCGAAUCCAGCCUCCAGUACUCCAUCCGUCAAACCUCAGGAUGAUUCUGUGACCGACAGUGACUCUGAACCAGUCUUUGAUCUGAGUGAAAUAAGUCCCACUAGUGCCACAAGCCCACCCAAAGCCUCUGCAGCAGUAUAUCCCAUAUUUGGUUCAUCCAAGAGGUCUAAGGCUGCCGUCCUGCGAACUCCAGUGUCCUGCAGCACCCCCUCUGGUCCCACCAUGACACUCAAGUCUCAGAGCUCUGCAGCAAAAGAGCAAAGUCGCAGGAGGAAAGACAAGCAGGACGAUGAUCAACUCAUCAUCGAUGCAGGUCAGAAGCAGUUUGGAGCAAUGACCUGCAGCUCCUGUGGGAUGAUCUACAGCGCAGAUAAUCCAGAGGAUCAUUUCCAACACACUCAGUUCCACCAGCGCUUCCUGGACUCCAUCAAAUAUGUGGGCUGGAAGAAGGAGCGUGUUGUCGCCGAGUUCUGGGAUGGAAAAAUUCUCCUUGUGAUGCCGGAUGAUCCUAAAUACGCCAUUAAAAAGGCUGAAGACGUGCGACUCAUAGCGGACAAUGAGUUGGGAUUCCAGCAGGUGGCGCUGAGUCGACCCACACAGGCCAAGACCUACCUGUUCAUCAGCACUGAGCGGAUGGUGGUGGGCUGCCUGGUCGCCGAGCCCAUACGACAGGCAUACAGGGUCCUGGAGCAGCCGGACCGCCAGAAGGAUCUGACCAAGGACGACUUCAUGGAGCGCCACCGGGCCUGGUGCUGCUCCACUGUCCCAGAACAGGCCCUGUGUGGGGUGAGCCGGAUCUGGGUGUUCAGCCUGGCCCGACGGAGGGGCGUCGCCACCCGCCUGCUCGACACCGUCAGGAGUACAUUCACAUACGGCAGUCACCUGACGAAGGAGGAAAUCGCCUUCUCAGACCCGACACCUGAUGGGAAACAGUUUGCAACAAAGUACUGCAACACACCAUCCUUCCUUGUCUACAACUUCAUCGCGUGAGGUGUCAGAAGGACUUUGUUGAAUCUGAGUCAAAGGUUUCGUUAUUUAACAGGGUUAAAUACUCAGUAUUAAUAACGCAUUAGGGUUUUCAUAUGCAACACAAACUGUUCAGGUUUUCAUGACUAGAUGUUAGAGUUGUAUUUCAAAUAUUCACUUAAUUCAAUAUUUAUGUUCAGUACGGCUAGUUUCCCACUGAAGGUUCAUGUACAUAUUGGCAGUGCUUUCAGAUGUUUAUACUCUUAUUGGAGAGUUUGCAGUGAUCUCUACAAGCUGAUUUUUACGAUACGUGUUUAUAAUUGACCAGUUUAAUUUUUUUGUUUUUAUGAACUUGGUACCAGUUCUGAAGGAAAAGCUGUUAAAAUGUGGAUGCUGCAGGUUCAUCUACUUCUGUAAAUGGAUUUAAUAAACGUUUUCAA